GGGGAGGGCUCUGUGACAGAAAUCCCAAAAUGGCCACAGAGGAGAGGAGUCCAGAGCCUUCCCGUCCACCCCAAGUGACAGACAGGAGGCCGAAGGAGCAGAGCUCCGGCCCCGGCUCCGGCUCCCUCAGGGGGAAGGAGGCUGAACCUCUCCGUGAGAAGCUAGACCUAAUGGUCCCACCCCCCUCGGCCCCCCGCCCCUCACCAUCUCAGAGCGCCUCCCGCUUCGGCCGCCUCAGCCACCACUCCUUCUUCUCUCGCCACAACCCGCACCCACACCGGGUGACCCAUAUCCAAGGCCUAAGCGGCCACCCUAUCUGUGUGGUGAAAGACGACUGGUUGGCCCCGGCCUCACCGCACCCCGGACUCCCCGGCCAGCUCAGGCCCAGACUGAUGGGAGUCCCUGAGAUCCAGAUGCCCAUUGGUGACCCACGCUCCAACCUGGAGCCCUGGCUCCCCACCGGCUCUCUGUCCGAGGCAUGGCGAGAGGCCCUAAGGGAGCUGGCCAUCAGGGUGGCCUCCUUUGUGCCCAAGGAAGCAGUGAAAGAGGAAGAGGAGAAGGAGGAGGAGAGAGAAGAGCGCCGCAGGACAGCUCAGUAUUCAGCUGAUACUGGGCGGCUCAUCCCGGCUUCCUCUCGGGCCAUCACCAGCCGAGCGUGCCGCCUCAGCCGCCGCCCCCACGCCAGGAAUAAAAACCAGGGCCCUGCCAUGCUCUUCCAAGACCAAGAGCUGCUGAUCCUGGAGCUACUUUGUCAGAUCUUGCGGACGGACUCCUUGAAGGCGAUCCAGUACUGGCUCCUCUCAGCCGGACCGAGGGAGAAAGACCUGGUCCUGGGGCUGCUCCACGCGGCAGUGGCUCAACUCCUGCCCGGACCCCAAGCCUCAGGGCCGGAGGCCAAGGAGCGACUCCUCACUCAGAUCUCCCAGCAUGUCGUGGGCCUCGCCUCCCGGGGUCACACCCUUGGGCACUGCAGGCUGGUCAGCCACUAUGCACAGAGACCCAAGCAGGCACCUCCUCCAGCUGAUGAGAAACCAGACCACAUUGGCCAGGCCGAAGUUCUCCAGUUUCAUUCUACCCAAGAGGAGAGCAAGAAGCUACCAUCCCACUGAGCAAUAUCUGCAUCUCUGGCUUCUGCCCAGGAGCAACAUCUGGCUCCAGUGUUUUAGUUCUGCGUGGCUUCUCGUAGAAUCCUCUUUAUGAUAAUGUGCUGAACCAACCUGCUUUGUCCAUCUGUCUCUCUCUAUCUGUCUCCCUUUC